GAAGAAUGCCAGCUGUGGGACAAGGAGUGCAGGCCGUGCCACUUCCACAGGUACUGGUGGGAUGUGGCGAUUCUACACUGAGGACUCUCCAGGGCUCAAAGU